UUGAAAGUCAUGAGCGACAAGACACACAACAAGGGGGUGGGCAACUUUUAAGUGAAGUGGAGACCUCAGCCGGGCGGUGAAGUUAAUACCUAACAGACUCGAUAAAUAUUUUUUAAUCGAUAUCUUUCAAAGUCGUGACUUUGUUUUUACUCGGGCUCAGAAAGUGGUGGUAUCCUUUUAUGGGCUCGCUCCUGGGGGGGAAAAAAAAGAAGUCACAGGUGUGUUGACAGGUUAAUUAAUGGCUGCGUUUCGUUUUGACGUCGCGUCUUGAUGGAGUUGUCUCGGCUCGUGAACUGCUCGCAUUUAGUUUGAAGCGAUGGAGCACGAGCGCUUUUCGGCGUCUGGAAGCGGCGAGAGUCUGUCGUCCGGUUCCAACACCUUGUCGGAGGGUGAAGAAAUAACGGCCGUCCUGCACAUUAAAGUCUCCGGAGACGGAGGCGACAGUCACAACUCAGACUCUGGAAGUGUCAGCGGAAAUACAGAGGAGACAGCAGGGGACGAAGAAGAAGAAGACGAGAAGCUGGACAACAUCCUCUACCCUCCCUCCACGUCCCUCAGGAAGUCCAGUAACCCGGAGUUGACUCAUGGAUUAAGUCCUGCUCUCAAAUUUAAACGACAUCUCAGUGAGGAUGGAAAACACGUACGAAGGCGGAGCCUGGGGGGCGGUCUCACAGGAAAGUACCUUCUGCUGCCCGCCAACCCCCAGCAGACACACACAGCGUGGCAGCCGUCAUCUGAGAUCUCUAACCUGGUCCGAAUGUGUUCCCUGAAUCUGGGAAAGUCGGACCCCUCCCUCACCUCCAGCCUGAAAGAGCUGAGUCUUCCUAGAAGAGGCAGUUUCUGCAGAACGAGCAACAGAAAAAGCCUGAUAGGAAGCGGCCAGUCUUCAGGUUUACCACGACCUCACUCCCCUCUCUCAUCUCUCACAGGAACAAGCCCACAAGACAGUCCCAGAAAUUUCUCUCCCAGUGCCUCUGCUCAUUUUUCCUUUGCACGAAGUCAUUGCCACAGAGCAGACAGGACUGAUGGUCGCCGCUGGUCGUUGGCGUCGCUUCCCUCCUCUGGAUAUGGAACCAACACGCCCAGCUCCACCGUCUCUUCAUCCUGUUCAUCACAGGAGAAGCUGCACCAGCUGCCCUUCCAGCCUACGCCUGAUGAACUGCACUUCCUCUCCAAGCACUUCUGCACUGAGAGUAUCUCCGGGGACGAGUGCCGCAGAGCGACGGCCAUGCGACCCCGCUCCCGCAGUCUCAGCCCUGGAAGAUCUCCAUCAUGUUACGACCAUGAGAUUAUUAUGAUGAAUCACGUCUACAAGGAGCGAUUUCCGAAGGCCACAGCUCAGAUGGAGGAAAGGAUUCAGGAGAUCAUCCGCAGUAACUCUCCGGAGACCGUCCUCCCUUUGGCAGAUGGUGUGCUCGGCUUUGCCCACCACCAGAUAAUUGAACUGGCCCGUGACUGUCUGGAGAAGAGCCGGCUAGGACUCAUCACCUCCAGCUACUUCUGCGAGCUCACUGACAAGCUGGAGAGGCUUGUUCAGGAGUCCACGGAGAGAUCAGAAAGCGAGGAGGUAAACUUCAUCAGAGAGCUGGUGAAGAAGAUCCUCAUCGUCAUCGCCCGACCUGCUCGACUGCUCGAAUGUCUGGAGUUUGACCCGGAGGAGUUUUAUCACCUUCUGGAGGCCGCCGAAGGACACGCUAAAGAGGGCCAGGGCAUCAAAACGGACAUCCCUCGUUACAUCAUCAGCCAGCUGGGACUCACACGAGAUCCUCUGGAAGAAAUUGCUCAGCUGACCGGCUGUGACAGCGGGAUUGCAGAAACCCCAGAGACAGACGACUCUUCUCAGAGCCUGAGCACAGCCCUGCGGUGCCGGCGAAAACCCUGUGAGCUGGACUUUGAGAUGACAAAACUCAUCAGCAAUGGAGCCUACGGAGCUGUUUAUCUGGUUCGGCACAAGGAAACUAAGCAGCGGUUCGCCAUGAAAAAGAUCAACAAGCAGAACCUGAUUUUGAGGAACCAGAUACAACAGGCCUUUGUGGAGAGAGACAUCCUCACCUUUGCUGAGAACCCUUUUGUGGUGUCCAUGUACUGCUCCUUUGAGACCCGGCGGCACCUGUGCAUGGUUAUGGAAUAUGUCGAAGGGGGAGACUGUGCCACCCUACUGAAGAACAUGGGUCCUCUGCCUGUGGAUAUGGCCAGGAUGUACUUUGCAGAGACAGUGCUGGCUCUGGAGUAUCUCCACAACUAUGGCAUUGUCCACAGGGACCUCAAACCAGACAAUUUGCUGGUUACAUCGAUGGGGCACAUUAAGCUCACAGACUUUGGGUUGUCCAAAGUUGGGCUGAUGAACAUGACCACUAACCUGUAUGAGGGACACAUAGAGAAAGAUGCCCGAGAAUUCUCUGACAAGCAGGUUUGUGGAACCCCUGAGUAUAUCGCUCCAGAGGUGAUCCUGAGACAAGGUUACGGGAGGCCGGUGGACUGGUGGGCAAUGGGGAUCAUCCUCUAUGAGUUCCUCGUGGGCUGCGUGCCUUUUUUUGGAGACACACCAGAGGAGCUGUUCGGACAGGUCAUCAGCGACGAGAUCAACUGGCCCGAGGGAGAGGACGCCCCGCCUCCUGACGCUCAGGAGCUCAUCACCUUGCUGCUCAGACAGAACCCUCUGGAACGAAUGGGCGCAGGUGGAGCCGCUGAAGUAAAGCAGCAUCAGUUUUUCCACAACCUGGAUUGGAACGGGCUGCUGAGGCAGAAGGCUGAGUUUAUUCCUCAGCUCGAGUCUGAGGAUGACACCAGCUAUUUCGACACUCGCUCUGAGAGAUACCAUCACCUGGAGACGGAGGAAGAGGAUACAAAUGAUGAAGACUUCAACGUGGAGCUGCGGCAGUUCUCCUCUUGUUCUCACAGGUUCUCGAAGGUGUACAGCAGCCUGGAUUUGUCUCGUGGGCACCUGGAGGAGAAAGGAGAGACGGAGGAGAAGAAGAGUGAGAGCCCACUGACUGUGGACUCUCUCAGCUGGACGCCAGACUUUGCAGAAAUGCCCUCGUUGUCCCACUCGACAGACACGGACAGUAUGAAUCAGGGCCCCCGCCCCAGCUUGCUGCCAAAGUUUGCCAUCUCAGCUGAGAGCGAAGGAGACGAGACCUCAGGCCUCGGCGACCCCAGCAAGGCCUCCUUCUCCAUCGGGGAGCUCCCGCAGGACGAGCCUGACGCCACCACCCCGGGCAGCACCCACAGCGGAGCCACGCUCUCCGGAAGUUUCUCAGAACAUCUGGACCAGUUGACACCCAGAGGUGAAGGGGUGGAGAGUCCCGACAGUACCAGUCAAACCUCCGCGGACCAGGGUGCUCAGACCACCUCACUGCGGCCUGAGAGCGCUGCAGAGAAGGCCGGAGCCGUGGCAAAAGUCCCAAAGUCCGUGUCAACUAGUGCCCUUUCCCUCAUGAUCCCUGGGGAUAUCUUCGGGGUGUCUCCGCUGGCCAGCCCUCUAUCUCCUUACUCCCUCUCCUCAGACCCUUCCUCCCGAGACUCCUCUCCGAGUCGGGACUCCUCCCUCUGUAACGCCAACCCGCGGCAGCCUGUCGUCAUCCACAGCUCCGGGAAGAAGUUCGGCUUCACGCUGAGGGCGAUCCGGGUGUACGCUUGUGACAGUGACAUCUACACUGUCUAUCACAUGGUCUGGAAUGUAGAAGACAGUGGACCUGCGCAUAAAGCAGGACUCAAAGCUGGAGACCUCAUCACUCAUGUCAACGGAGAACCGGUCCACGGUCUUGUCCACACUGAGGUGGUGGAGCUCCUGAUCAAGAGCGGGAGCAAAGUGGCCAUCUCCACGACCCCCUUUGAGAACACUUCAAUAAAAACCGGUCCAGCCAGGAGGAACAGCUACAGGAGCAAGAUGGUCAGAUGUGCCAAAAAGCCCAAGAAGGAGAAGACGCCAGAGAGGCGACGCUCCCUCUUCAGACGUUUUGCCAUGCAGCCCUCUCCUCUCCUGCACACCAGCCGCAGCUUCUCCUCCCUCAACCACUCUCUGUCAUCUGGUGAGAGUCUCCCCGGCUCCCCCACCCACAGCCUCUCCCCUCGUUCCCCUACCGCCGCCUUCCGCCCCGCACCAGAUUUCACACAGUCAGGUGGCAACUCCUCCCAGAGCAGCUCCCCCAGCUCCAGCGCUCCAAACUCCCCCGCAGGUUCAGGCCACAUCCGACCCAGCACGCUCCACGGCCUCGGCCCCAAGCUGCCGGGCCAAAGGCUUCGUCAGGGGCGCCGCAAGUCUGCUGGCAGCAUUCCCCUCUCCCCUCUGGCUCGCACACCUUCACCCACCCCCCAGCCAACAUCUCCUCAGCGCUCACCCUCUCCCCUUCUGAGUGGACACUCUGUUGCCAUUUCCAAGACAACCCAAGCCUUCCCAGCCAAGAUACAUUCCCCGCCCACAAUUGUACGCCAUAUUGUACGCCCCAAAAGUGCUGAGCCGCCUCGAUCACCCCUCCUGAAACGAGUCCAGUCUGAGGAGAAGCUGUCCCCCUCUUACACAGGAGAUAAGAAGCACCUGUGUCCCAGAAAGCACAGCUUGGAAGUGACCCAGGAAGAGGUGCAGGAUGAGGAGCUGAGGCCCGGGGAGCGGGAUUACACCGUCCUGCAGAGCGUGGAAGAGGCAGCCUGCGAGCCGCUGGCAAUCACCCGUGUGCGGCCUGUUGAGCAGGGCUGUUUAAAGAGGCCCAUCAGCCGCAAGAUGGGCCGGCAGGAGUCUGUCGAGGAGCUCGACAAGGAAAAACUGAAAUCCAAGAUGGUCGUGAAGAGACAGGACUGGUCAGAGAGGAGGGAGUCUCUGCAGAAGCAAGAUGCCCUGCGGGAAUCUGACUCAUCCCCCAUGUGUGGUGACGACAGGGAGGAAAGUUUUCUGGUGCGAGGCCAAAACAAAUCCCAGAGCAGCCCAGAGUGUGGCCCUCUGGAGGCCAAAGCUGCCAGCACCACCCUGAAAGAUGUUCUGUAUAAGAAACUCACCACACGAGUCUCUGAGGGAAUCAGCGAACCGUCUGGUGGCGGCGGUGAAAACGAAGGAGGUCUCCGAGCUCUCUGCUCCAUUCACCCAGAGUGGCAGCACACCAGGCAGGGGAAAGACAACAUGAAGCCAGACAGAUUGGACUUCAAAGCUCCUAACAUUGAGUUCACCAGGAAGAGGUUGUCAUUCGAAGAGCGAGAAGAUUGCAUGUGUCGGCUCUCGUCUGGCAUCCACGAGAGCCUCCACUUUGGCUCCACCAGGUCUAAGAGCCUCCAGCUGGACACGGCCAUGCCUCAUGACCACAUGAAGGCAGGUCUGGGAAGUGUUCACUCCAGCCCUGAGGGUCUGGCGCCCAAGCUUUUCUCCGGGAGAGGAGAGAGCGCUGUGGAAAAACUGCAGCUCAUCUCCUCCGCAGAGUCUCCCCUUCGAAAGACAUCAUCUGAAUACAAACUGGAAGGACGUCAUGUGUCCUCUCUCAAACCUCUGGAGGGAACCCUGGAUAUCGGCCUGCUCUCAGGGCCCAGAGUCUCCAAAACAGAAACUUGUUUAUCCAAGAUGAUGGAGAACACAAGCGACUCUGUUUCCGUGAAUCCUCCAAUGUGGCUUCAGAGCCCCACAGAGAGGCAGAUAACCAUCCCCCAGCUGAAAACUGCAGACAAGCUGAAGAGCCCCCUGACUUGUUCCCCGAGCCCUGAAGCAGUUUCCUCUCUAAAUAGUAUCGUAGUAAAUAACACAAGUGCAGAAGUGAAAGUCAGUACAAGUGAUGAGAAAACACAGGAUAGACUUAGUGACUCAUUAAAGCCCCCCAUCACCAAAGUGGAGGCCCCAUCCUUCACUAUUAAACAAGAGAGCAGGACUGGUUUGAAGGGCCCUUCAUCUCUGGCUCAUGAACACAGAGGCCCUCGUCACAGCUCCCACUUCUCCUGUGGAAAAACACCCUCCAUACGGGAAGUCAGCAACGAAGAUCAGGAGGAUGAGGUGGAGCAGCAGGAAGUCACACCACACACUACAUCACAAACCACUGCCGGCCCCAAAACAGUCGUCUCUUUGACUCCACCAAAGCUGGAGGUGGACAUAAAAAGUUCGCCCGCACCUCCACGUGUGGAGACUCCGGCUGCGGCUGCCAAUGAUGCAUUACCCGUGUCACUGAAGCAGAGUAUAAACUCCGGUGUGGAUACAGGUCAGCGUCAGAGCUGCCAGGAGAAACCAGCGACUGCGCAGAGCUCAAAAAUGACCUCUGUGUGUAAGUUGAAUGUACAGAACAACUCCGCAUCUGUACGCGCUCCAGAGAGUGUGCUUUCAAAACAGCCACCGCCGAACAUCUGCUCUUCAAAUACAGAGCCGCAGGUUUCUAUCGCAAAAUCAGCAUCUGGUUCUGCACACAACAAUAAAUCCUACAGUUCAAAAUCAGACGGUCGGGACUGCUCUGACAGAUCUGUUAGUAAGGACAGUGUACAGUCUAACAGGUCAGCUGUGAAAGUGGUCGGUGAUGCAGGCAGCUCAGGCUCUAAGAGGGAAAUCAACACGUGUCCCACAGCUCCAAAGGUGGAGCUGAAGAAAGACGUUUCUACAGUCAACAUGGGCACCUCGUUACAAAGUGUCACAGGAGUCACACUGAGCUUAAACAAAAGGGAUAACACUGUGUCUGUAGGUAAAAUAGAGUGCAGUAGCAUAUCAGUGCAGAAGAAGGAAGAUACCAUAUCACCAAAGACAAAGAGUAACGGCAACGUGAAAGAUUCAGAGCAGCUAUCAAAAACUUAUCCAGCUGAAAAAGCACAGCACAAAUCAUCAGACUCAGAUCACUGCACCUCUAAAAAAGAAGAAACUGUCAUCAAUGUGAAAGAAAACACUGUGAAGCAGAAAGGUUCAGCUUCAACGGCUGCAAAUGAAAAUGUUCUGAGUCCCAAAAGUAAGUCAAAGCCAGACCCACAACCUGUGCCGCACAGCGCCAUGAAGACAGAGAAGGAGGCAAAAGCUCCUGAAGUGAAACCUCACAGCGCAGCUGCUCCUGUCUCAGUAGUGAAGGGAAGUCCAAACUCAAAACAGAGAGAAGUGUCUAAAGAAUCUGUGCUCUCAACUUCAAACAUUCAAGUGACCCAUGAGGCUAAACGGAAAGAAGCGGCGUUGCCAUCCACUGGAGGCGACGUCAAGCGGGAGGAAUUGACGCAGCUGACACAUUCUUCCGCUCCUACUGACGUGAAGCAAAGAGAGACCCAGGCCAAAAGCUCUGUAGCAACCACAGCUCACACAGUGAAAGAAAACACUGAGUCAAAGCCGAAAUCUCUCUCUCCUAAAACUGUCCCUUCAGCUUCAAAGACUUCUGUAGCUCCAGCACCAGUUAUUAAACAAAGUCUUGAUGCCAAACAUAAAGACCCCUCACCCAAAAACCAAGCCCCAGUCGUUAAAGACCAUCAUGACUCAAAACCAAAAGACAUUAACUCACCUCCACGUCAGCUGCAGCAGCUCAGGAAGGAGCCUCUGCCUCCGUCAGGUGUUUCCUCGCAGCCUGAUCCUCCACCAGUGCUGCCAAAACCUGCAGUGAAAAAAGAAACGCCCUCGCCAAGCGGUGGAGCCGCCUCAGCCAGGGUCUCCACCUGCGUAGCCCAGGAGACUGUCGUCAAGGUAUCCAAGGAAGGCCCCAAACAGGACAGCCACAAGGGCCCAGAGACCAGGAUCACCACCCCGGACAAACUGGCAUCCUCCGGCCGGAAGGAGCAGGCUGAGAGGAAGAAGAAAGAAGCGGCUCACGACGUCACAUCUGUACAGAAAAACACAAAAAGAGACGCAUCGAGAGCGACACCCGCUGCGCAGAAAGACACUUCAGACAAAGACGGUGGCAGGUGCAAGCAGCAGAAAGAGUCACCACGCAGCUCCAGUAACAAAAAGUAAGGAGGGAAGAGAGAAGAGCAGCUCACAUUAUCACUUCACAGAAUCCAGAUGUAAUAAAAUGUUAGAAAUGUUGUGCGAGCAUCAUCAUGCCUUCUUCUUCUUUUUGUUUUUUUUGGGGUUUUUUUUUUGUUUGUUUGUUUUUUUUUUGUUUGAGGACCGGGCAAGCUGUUACAUGCUGAUAGAGAGGUAGGUGUGUGUGUGUGUGUGUGUGUGCGUGUGUGUGUGUUGUGUGCGCGUUUAAUAAGAUGACAUAUGACAACACAUGUAAAUGUUUCUAGGUCUGAAUGUAGGCAGCCACAUGCUGACGAUCGCUGGUGUUUCUCUUAAUUCAGUGAUUCACUUUUAACUGAAUGAUUGUUUGGAGUUUUUGUUUGUGUCGAUGGCAGAAUGCUUUGUGCAAUCAGUGUGUCAGGGGCAAUAGGGAGGAGCCUUACAAAGGUCGUGACGUACUGUAGAGUCGGUGCCAUAAAUGAUUUUGAAUUGCACUCUUACUUGUAGAUUGGAAGGACCUGAUGUUGAAGUCUUUUAAUGCAGUAGAAAAAACACACAGUUUUGCUCAGCAAUUCAGCAAAAUGUAUCGCAUGUUUCUGUUUUAGUAGAAUCAGAUUGUUUGGAAACUGGGUUUCGUGCAGAAGGAAUCCACUACGUCCUGUGCUUUUCGCCUAAAACUUAAAAAAAACAAACACACACACACACACAAACAUCUGACAGUUCUAGAAAUCAUAAAUUAGUUUAGGGGCCUUAGAAUCAUGGGAAAUAAAACUUGCUGUUCUGAGCAAGAUGUGGUGUUUAUUCACAUUCCUCUGACAUCUGUACAUAUAUUUUUGAUUUUUAUGCAAUAUAGUGUAAAUAUGACAACACUGUAAAACUGGGAUACAUGGGGCUUACAUGAUUGUCGUUUGUAUUAUAUGUAUAGAUUUUGCAGUGUCAUGUUUGUAUGCUCGAUAUUAAGAGUAUCACGUUCUGCUCGAUAACUCUGUGGUCUGAAGUAAGCUACUGUGAUGUAUCUCAUCAACUCAUCCUCCUUUUUUGUGACCUUUAACAUGUUUUCACAUGUUCCAAAAUUAACUUGAAGAGAAAGGAAAAGUCACACGGGGUGGGGGGGGGGUGGGGGGGGGGACUGGGCUAUUUCUAAAAAUGUAGCAUUACAUAACAAAACUGUGAGGGCUGUCAGCGUUUUCCAUGAAUGUCUUUAUUGUUGAUGAUGUAUUCGCCGGCUGACUGCAGCUUGAAGAAUGAUGACUGUGUAAAAUAUGAAAUAUUAACGAGAUGAACCAGCAGUUCUGCACAUGUUUGCCAGUAAUUUCUGCAGUAGAUUUUUUUUCCUUUUUUCUUUUUCUUUUUUUUUUUAAGGCUUUGGGCAUCAUCUCUGACCGUAUCCACGUCUGUGCAGAGUGAGUAAGAUACGUUCAAGUACACAGAGCGCUUCACUGUCAGUGUUUCAAAAAGAGUUUCGAGGUCGGGUGUCGGUCAGUGUUGUUAAGUCAUGUGGUCGUGUUUCGGACUCGUCAUGAUGAGCAGCGGCUUCGAGCUUCACCGGGGAAAAGAUUUUAAAUAAGGAAUCCUGAUUAUUUGCAAAGCGUAGCUCAUGUCCACGACAUGCAUUUGAUGUUAAUGUGCAAAUACUUGGUACUAUACAUAGAGGCUGUCAUAUAUCAGCAUUCACACACACACACACACACACACACACACACACGUAUGUGAUUCUGUACUGUAGAUGCCUUUUAAAUUACAAACCCUAAAUGACACCCAGAAAGUAGCCUAGGACACUAAGUAUGUAAUGCAGUAUUUGCUCUGUCGUGCUGGCUAUAUAAAAACGAUAAUCUUGUCUACUACAUAUACUCUAUGUUGACAAGUCAAACAGGAAAUACUUCAUGUGACAUGACACAGAAUAUAGCUUAUCUAAACGGCAUAUUGUCUCUGAGAAUGACACUGAACCACGAGAUUGACCGCAGAGAUUUUAAUGUUAAAAGAAUCUGAUGUUUACUUGCAUUAGAUGUGUUGUAAAUGUAUUGCUAAUGUAUUGUGAGAGAAUAAACGCACCUUAAUGUUUGCCACUGUUCAGUUCAGAGGGUGAGGAAAGGAGGGAAAUUUGAACUGAAAAUGAUUUCUGAAUUGUCCUGACUGCAAAUUGAAACAAAUCACUGAAUUUUAUUUGAACAAUUAAAUGUUUUGUUUUUUUUUUCCAACCCCACACACACACACACAAACACACACAAACAACAAUUGACAUUUAAAUCCUCAAAGCACAUUCAAUGCUUGUUUACAAAGCAUCAUGGAUGUAUAUUUUGUAUAUUGUUGAUUUGCCAAAUCUAUGUUCUGUGUCACAGAUAAUGUCGUUUCUAGUAGUGUGAGACUUUGCUCCCUUGCCACCAGGAUGUUUAAUAAGAACAUUUGUUUGUGCAGUAAUCAAUGUCUUUUCAUACGUCAGGUUCUUCUUUGUCUGCUUGUCUUUUCUUUUUGUUUCUUUUUUCUCCUCUGUGCAAAGUUAGUAUUAGAUGAACUUGCUUACAAUGGUUUGUCUUUUAGAAUAUGUGCAAUAAAAGUGUUUUGAGUUUUGUAUUUUGCCCAAGGAAAGCUCUAUGGAUGUCAUAGAUGUUGUAUAUUAAAACAGAUAUUUAUACUUCUAAUGUUGCGUAAUACUGAAAAUAAAAUGGAAUUAUAAAUUA